AUGCCGCCGAAACGACGCGGCGGUGGCGGCGGUGGUACUCGCGAAACGCGAAGCAGCACCAGAUCUCAACCCACAACCCAAGCUACUGGGUCUGCUGCUAGUGCAGCUGCGACAGGGGAAAAUGUCUCAGCUAAUCGCACGAGACCCAAUAACAAAAGAACUGCCCGAGGGAGUACCAACACCCCCCGAAGAGCUAGAGGAGCGGGCAGGAAUUCAAGGGCACAGGAUGAAAUGCAAGAUAUCGAUAUUUAUCGGGAAAUGGUAACCGAAGUAGUCGGCCCUCCAAAGAACAGGCGGCAGCAGCAAGAGCUCUCGGAUUCGGAGGGAAGGCCUGCUAAGAGACAGAAAGCGGUAGAGAAUUUUAAAAGUGAAUCGGGUCCAUCAAACAGUAAAGAUAAAGGGAAAGAUGUUCUUCGUGAAGACUCAGAGGAGCGCCCAGAACAACUUUUAGAAAAAGAGGUCAAUAUAAAUAACGAGGAGGAUGAAGUUACCACCAUGGAUGAAGAUGAGAGUGAAGAAGAAGAAGAAGAUUGGGAAGACGUCGAUCUUAGUAAACCAAUCAAACGCUUUGAGGAACCCUCUAAACCUAAGACCCUAGAGCUCAUUCUAGAUACAAAUGAAAAACGAAAGCCCGGCCCGGAUAAUCUAAGGCCUCUAGUAAAUAGGGAGAUCUUAUCAUUGCUCAACCCAAACCCCAAUGACCAGCAGUUUAGACGCUCAUGGAGUUUUAAUGAAGGAUUACAAAAAGCAUCAGACAUGUGGAAAAAAAGAUUCCGAAUCACAAAGAAGGGAGUGUCGAAACCGCGCUGGCGUGAUAAUGAAGCAGUAGUUGAAAUGCUCUCGUACCCACCAAGGGACGGAGAUCCCCCUAUGAGGCGAGAUGACUUCCAGGCCGCUUCAGUAGGUCUUUCAGGCUCGAGAGACCUAGGGGCUCAGCUUUUCUGUGCGUUACUUCGCUCUGUUGGAGUGACCUGCAGGCUGGUAUGCUCCCUUCAGCCGUUGUCGUUCACUUUCCAGGACAAGCAGGCUCCGGUGAAGGCAGCACAAAUAAUUGCAGGUUUUAUCUUUAGUGAAGCUGCUGCUAGGGAUAACGAUAGGGAGAUGCAAGUCGACAAUAGAUUUGGUGGCCCUGGACCGGCGCCAGCAAGGCCGUCACCAGUAGGAGGAAGAGGCUUGCGAAGACCCGGGUUUCGAGAACCACUCGUUACAGCUCCCAUACCAGAAAAGCCUCCAGCCCGGCUCCAAAUCUGGGAAGACCCGUAUCCAGUUUACUGGAUUGAGGCUUGGAAUACGGCGACACAGAAGUGGGUUGCUGUGGACCCUCUAGUAACAUCUACUAUUGGAAAGCCGAGCAAACUUGAGCCACCCAUGGCGGACGGGGAAAAUUCCAUGUGUUAUGUAGUUGCUUUUGAAGAGGAGGGUCAGGCUGCGGACGUAACAAGGCGAUACGUAAAGAGCUUUAAUGGAAAGACUAGAAAGCUGAGAGUCUCGUCCACCAAAGGCGGGUUGGAGUGGUGGAAUCGUGUGCUUCAAGUAUUCCAACGAGGAUGGGAAAUGGACCGAGAUCAACUAGAAGCCGCGGAAUUACUGGACAGGGAGGUCGUUGAGCCCGUACCUAAUAACAUCCAGGACCUAAAAGGCCAUCCUCUGUUUGCCCUCAAGAGACACUUAAAACGAGGCGAAAUAAUACACCCCGAGCGGAAAGUCGGAUCCAUCACAACAGGCACCGGUAACAAGAAAGUCACCGAAACAAUCUACAGAAGACAGGACGUAAAAGCCGUCAAGACCAGCGAGCAAUGGUACCGUGUGGGGCGUGAACUCAAAGCAGGGGAGCAGCCACUCAAAUACGUCACCGCCCGCCCGCGAGUAAAAGGCAGAAGUGAUGACUACCUGGACAGUGAACCCGAAGAAGAAGAAGAAGAAGGUGGAGAUGACGGGCCUAGACAGUCGGCGAUGUAUGCCGAGUUUCAGACGGAGCUCUAUGUGCCGCCGAGUGUGGUCCAUGGGAGGGUGCCGAAGAAUAGCUUUGGUAAUUUGGACGUGUUUGUGCCUUCGAUGGUGCCGAAGGGAGCUGUUCAUUUGCCUUAUAAGGGUCUUGUGAAGGUUGCUCAACUACUGGGUAUCGAUUAUGCCGAGGCAGUAACUGGUUUCGAUUUCAAAAACCGCCAGGUCGCACCAAUCAUGAACGGCAUUGUAGUCGCUCAGGAAUACCGCGAGGCGGUCAUGGCAGUCAUGGCAACACUUUUGGACGAGAAGAACCAAGCGGAAGAACACAAGAAGAGCAUCGAGGCAUUGAAGCGAUGGAGACGGUUCUUGAUGGGAGUGAGAAUCAGGGAGAGGUUGGGCAUUUAUCAGGACGUGGAGCAGGUAAAUAAGGUGGACAUGGGGGUCAAUGAUCGCGCUGGGGAUGAGGGCAAAGGUGGUGAGAAUGUGGAUACGGGUGGUGGCUUUUUUGCUGAACCUGGAGAUCAGGCCUCUGGUAGUGGGUUCUUUGCCGAACCUGAAGUCCGGACAUCUGGUGGUGGAUUUUUCACUGAAGCUGAAGAUCAUUCUUCUGGUCCUGGCGGUGCGCCAAUUGCUAGUACUAAGGACAGCAGCGGGGGGUUCAUAGUCGACAACAACGAUCAUGGCGGCGGUGGGUUCAUGGUUGAUGACAAAGAUCAUGGCGGUGGUGGUGGGUUCAUCGUCGAUGAUAACGACGGGGAUGAAGGUGGUGGUGGUUUUAUCGUCGAAGAUAACGGCGAGGACCAAGGCGGCGGAUCCGUUCGUGAGGAGGAGGAGGGAAGUGAAGAGGGGGAACUCUUUGAAGAUCCUGAAGACGAAGAUCUAGGGUGGUUUUAA